AUGAGAAUUGUUAUCGAUUCUACUACCGACAAUUAUAUCCGACCCUAUUAUACUCACCACAGAUUAUACCAUUUGACGACACCUCCCUCUCCAUGCCGACGCCAUGCGGCAGAAGCAAGUAACCCGCCCAAGCUAUGGUCUUCCCUACUACGUCAUCGAAAUUUCACGGAACUGUUUUUGAAAUUAUCUUCAGCUCAGCCGCGUAUGUUAUUCACCUUACUACACAACGGUAUGGAUUCUCCAUAUGGCUAUGAGAUUCGUGCCCCUGUACGUGGGUUUCUUUGUAGCAAAACUAGAAUUCCUAUGAUCUAUAACCCUAGAACAGGAGAGUACGUACCUUUACCCAUAGUGAGAAAAAAGAAGGUUGAAAUAAUAACCUAUAUUGGGUAUGACCAUAUCGACAAACUAUUCAAGGUAUUGUGUUUUCCCAAUGUGUUUGUGGCUGAGGAUUUUGCAUGUCGAGUUUCAACCUUAGGAAUGGGAAAAGUAUCGUGGAGAAUGAUCGAAUGUUCGACCCAUGGACCUUUACGUAAUGAGAUAUGCAUCAACGGAGUUUUGUACUAUUUAGCUGAGUUUUGGUGUUCAACUCUGAUAAAUUGCAAAGGUAAAUUGGGCGUACUAUGACCACUGCCCUUUACUGGUGUAAGUGACCUUACAAAAAGUCUUGAGUUGUGGGUUCUAGAAGAUGCGAAUGAACUGAAAUGGUCCAAGAUUGUCUACACAUUGCCAUAUCAGUGGAAGUGUCUAGCUCGGUAUAAAUGUCUAUACAUUGUCGGGAUGACUAGCGGAGGUGAAAUUGUGUUCUCGACAUCUUAUCUAGACGAUCCUUUCUACAUCUUCUACUACAAUGUAGUGAUGAACACUAUUAAUGUAGUUGAAAUCCAGUUUGGGAAUGUAGCUGAGAAGGCUAAAAACUCAAGGAUUUAUACAUUUAUAGACUAUAUAGAGAAUGUAGAGCGUAUUUAUUAG